UACAUAGCUAUACUUUUUGCGACAUAUACACAUCUCCAGCUGUGUUGUUGUUUGUCUGUCUCUGUCUGCGUUUUUGUUUAACAAAAGCAUUGUUCGCGCGCGCAAUGCUAAAAAAAAGAACUGCAUCAAAAAGUCGAGACGGAAGUGAACGAAAAAUGUAGUUAAAACGAUUGGGCAAUUUAAAGGAGUGCUGCGCAACACGGUGCUACGGUGUUGUUGUUAUCAUUGUAAUAAGCAAACUCAGAAUCACAGCAACCAAAAGAAAAAAGCAUUAAGCAACGUAAAUGUCAAAAUUUUGUAUGUUUUGAAACGAGUACACAUUUAAACAGAAACUAGCUUUAGUAGAACGACUGCAAAUUAGGCGAGUUAUUGUGCAAGCCAUCAUAAAAAAUAAGCGGCAGACAAACACAAGGGCAGACGCAAAAGCCGACGCAGUGCUAUCUCCAGCCGAAAAAGAGCGUAACAAAGGACGCGCAAAACUUUCAAUAUGAUCAGCAGCUUGUUUUCACGCUUGAUAAUAUUGUUCUUCGGCACUCUAUAUCCGGCCUAUGCCUCCUACAAGGCGGUGCGCACAAAGAAUGUUAAAGAAUAUGUCAAAUGGAUGAUGUACUGGAUUGUCUUUGCAUUUUUCACAUGCAUUGAGACCUUCACGGACAUAUUCCUAUCGUGGUUCCCCUUCUACUAUGAGGUCAAGGUGGUGAUUGUCUUGUGGCUGCUGUCGCCAGCCACAAAGGGCAGUUCCACUUUGUACCGCAAAUUCGUGCAUCCCAUGCUGACACGCCGUGAACAGGAAAUCGACGAGUAUUUAAAUCAGGCUCGCGAGCGCGGCUACUCAGCGGUUCUGCAGCUGGGAUCGAAGGGUGUUAACUAUGCCACGAAUGUCAUCAUGCAGACUGCCAUAAAGGGCGGCGGCAAUCUGGUGCAGACCAUCAAGCGCAGCUACAGCCUCAGCGAUCUCAGUGAGCCGGAUGUCCAUCGGACCCAGGACGAGCUGGACGAUGUCAUGAUGACAUCGGUGUCGUCGGUGAUGAUGCGUCCCCAGCCGACGCGGCUCCUGCGGCAGCGCCACCAGACGCCAGUGGGUCGCUCCGCCAGCGGUACGCGCCACUCGACGGGCAUGUACUUCACCGAGGUGGACGUCAGCGCCGGCUCCGCGGCGGCGGGCAAAAAUGCUGGCGAUUUCAACUACAAUAUACGCAGCACGGAUGACAUCAGCUCGGGCUACUCCAGUGCCGAGCCGAUUAGCGCUCCACUCGGCGCCGGGCUGAGUCGCACCUCAUCCAUGACAAAUGCUUCCAAGGCGCGUGCGAAGUCCAAGCGCAACGAGCAAAUUCUGGGAGAAAUGCGCUCUGAGGUAUUUUUGGAAAAUGAGCGUUACUUUGAAAUGAUGAGAGCACAGCAGUCCAAGGAAGCUCAGAGACAAAAGCAAUUAAAGAUUGCGGAGAGUGAGGAAGUGAAUGACAAAUACAAUGAGGAGAAGAAGGAGAUGGAGGCGGAGGUGGUGGUGAAGGAGGAGGAGGAGGAAGCGGAAGUAGAAGUAGAUCCGGAUACGUUCUACGAGGCCAUGGAUGUCAUGGAAGACACAAAAACAGCUGGCGAGGAAAUGCCGAUAUCCACGAAUAAGGAUGUAGCAAAUGAGCAGCAAAUGGAAACAGAACGGCUUAGCGAUAGUGAAGAAUCCUUUAAGGAAGCUCUCAAUGAAGCGCCCAUUGCAAAGGAAAUCGACGUGGGCGCCUAUAAGAGUGAAUCCGUUGAAAUAGAGGACUACAAAGCUCUUGUGGAUCCCUUUUUAUUGGUAGUCACUGAAUCCAGCUUUGAUGUGGCCGUGAGUGCAGGAGAUUCAAGUACAGCGCAGCCAGUUUCCCCGCGAGAGUUGCUCGCCACACUGGAGGAGAUCAAGCACAGUUUUCGCGCCCAGCUGGAGCCGGAGACAACGCCGCUGCGACCCAAGGCUCAGCAUACCAAGGGACGUGCACCAGCGCCCCCAGUGCCGCCUUUGCCGCCUCGCAGGGACUCCCGUGCAGCGGACAGCGUGAGUCUCCACUCCACGCAGUCGCUGUCUCAACUGGAGCGCAGCAAGUCCUCAGGUAUCGGCCAUCUAUUCAAGAGCUUCAAAGAUAACGUGCUGCGCAAAGCUAAUCAGCAAUCCGAUGAGGAGCCCAGUGUCAGCGGCGACUCAGCUAAAGAAACGUCCAUUUGAUGACAAGUCCAUGUCCGCUAGCUGCACUACUUUGCCCCGCAGCAGCAGCCGCAAGGCGGAUAAAUCUCAGCCAACAAAUGCCUCAAGCCAGGCC